CUUGUCCAUCAACAAGCUUUAGCGACCUCUUCAUUCAUACCGUCCUUCACGCGUCAAACGACGAGAAUUCAUUUUCGUGCUCGCGCAUUAUUGGCCCGAGGUAUCCACGUGCGGCAUACAACGACAAUGCAGGUAAGUGCGUACUGUGUGAUGCUGGCGACCAAGAAAUUUACACGCGCUGGGACACUGGGCUUAAGCUGAAGCGUAGCCCUAAGCCCCCUGCAUCGGUGUAUUUUUCUGGCACCAUGAAGCAGCACGGGGCUGGAGUGGACUUGACACUGGGUCGUUGCAUUUUCGACCACGAUACAAAUGUGGCAGAUUUCCUUCCCGUAGCACCUGGUGGCUUACGAUGAUCCGUCACCAUCGUGCCAACGAAUUCCGAAGCUGGUCUCCAACCUCGCAGCUUGAGUGUAACUUCAGGCUCGUCUUCAGCAUCGAUCACGAUGACUUCAAGAACACCGUCUUUUAUUUCCUUGAAAAAGACGCAACGGACCUCUUCACCACCGCCAGCGGACCACGACCAAUUCGCUGCCAUGUCCUACGACGAGGCACAGCGGAAAGACGCGCCCUCGCCUGUCCUGUCGGACGCCUCGCUACCUCGUCAGGACCGAGCCAAGAUCGAUCCUCCACCCGGCCGUGAUCGGACAGAUAUGAAGGCUCUUGAGGAAGCGGAAGCAGACAGCGAGGCCAAUUACCAACCAAAAACCGUCAAGUUUUGGAUGGUCAUGUUGGGCUUAUACUUUGCUCUUUUCGUGGUGGCUCUGGAUCGGACGAUCAUAUCCGUCGCCAUCCCCGAGAUCACCGACACAUUCCACUCUCUGGACGACGUUGGCUGGUAUGGCAGCGCGUACAUGAUCACGGGCGCCUCGUUCAGUCUGAUCUUCGGCAAAAUCUACAAGCACUACUCGAUCAAGUCGGUGUUCUUGGGCUCCAUCUUCCUGUUCGAAGUCGGCUCGGCCAUCUGUGGUGCUGCGCCAAGUUCCAUUGCACUCAUCAUCGGGCGCGCCAUCGCCGGCCUGGGCUCUUCCGGCAUCUUCACCGGAGGAAUGAUGGUCAUUGUGCCUCUGAUACCACUUCGGAAGCGACCGAUCUACUACGGCCUCUUUGGUGCGGUUUUCGGCAUCGCAUCCGUGCUGGGACCGUUUCUGGGCGGCGCAUUUACGGACAGCGUCUCAUGGCGGUGGUGCUUCUACAUCAAUCUUCCCAUCGGAGCCUUCACCAUCCUCUCGAUCGUCUUGUUCCUGCACAUCAAACCACCUCCGCCCGAGAAGCUCAGCCUUGCACAACAAUUCCUUCGCAUGGACCCCAUUGGCACUCUGAUAUUCGUCCCCAGCAUCGUGUGCUUGGUGCUAGCCCUUCAAUGGGGUGGCUCAGAGUAUCCCUGGUCGAGUGGAAAGAUUGUCGGACUCUUGGUGACAUGCGGAGUGCUCUUUGUGGCAUUUUGGGUUCUACAGGCCGCCAAACCAGCCACUGCCACCGUCCCCAUGCGCAUCGCUACCCAGAGAUCCGUCCUUGGCGGAGUCAUCUUCCUCUUCUUGCUCAACGGCAGUCUCUUUGCCAUUGUCUACUUCCUGCCAAUCUGGUUCGAAGCCGUGAAGGCGGAGACAGCCAUCCAUGCCGGUAUCAGCUUGUUCCCCCUUGUGAUCAGCCUGGUGGUCAUGAGCAUAUUCGCUGGUGGCUUCACCCAACGGGUAGGCUACUAUAUGCCUCCGAUCCUUGUGUCUCCGAUUCUCACCACGGUCGGCGCCGCACUCUUGACGCAGCUUCAACCGACCACCGGCAGCUCCAAGUGGAUCGGGUAUCAGGUGCUGUAUGGCUUCGGCACCGGCAUGGCCAUGCAGACUGUCAACAUGGCCGCUCAAGCCGUGCUUGACCGCAGCGAUAUCAGCACUGGCAUGGCUCUGAACUUCUUCGGCCAGAAUCUGGGUGGCGCCAUCUUCGUCCCCGUGGCCCAAACCAUCUUCCAGAACCUGCUUCAGAAACAGCUCUCGGACAUUCCCGGUGUCAACGGGACGAAUCUCGACAGUGUUGGAAUCCUGAAUUUGAGGAAUACCGUCCCACAACAGUCUCUACCGGAGGUAAAGGCGGCAUUCAACAGCAGCGUGACCAGGUGUAUUUUCGUGUCGGUGGCGUUAAGCGCGGCCAGUCUUUUCCCGGCGCUGAUAAUGGAGUGGAGGAACAUCAAGCAAGGUACCGAAGUGAAGGCGACCAGAGAUAUCGAGUCAGCCAAGGAUCACCAGUCAGCUGCUGAGGAUGCAUCGUCGCUUGAUGAAAAGGAUGUGGUGGUCGUCAAGAAGAAUGAGAAUAGAGGAUCGAAGCUCCGGGCAGAAUAUUGGCGAGAACCAGCAGCUAAAGGGAAUGGAGAGGACGAGACUCCACCCCACGAUGCUGAGAACGACGGUGUAAGGGGCGACGACGUGGAGGGGCGUUAAAGGUUGUAAUUGAAGUUCAUGGGCUUUCAAAGGCGAGUAGUUGUACGUUGAUUUGGGUUGAUAUUAGCCCUAUAAAGGAUUUAAUCGAGUUUGCUGUUGGGAAAUGCUACCGUAAUCUUUUAUCAUAGACACAAUGCCC